AUGGCCUCCCCCUUCGAGACUGCCAAAAUCACUCUGGACUACCUCCCCUACGCCUGCGAGUUCGACCCCCAAGAUGCGAACCGCCUUGUCGUUGGCGGCGGCGGCGGCGCCAAUAGAAGUGGUGUUGCCAACAAGAUCACAGUGAUCGACGCCUCAGCCAAAGAUGAGCUGCGCAUCAGUGGCGAGGCCGACCUCAGUCGCAACGAGGACAGCGUCAUGACCCUUGCCAUCGGCCCCAAGAAGGGUCGGACCAGCCACGUAUACGCCGGCAUCAACUCGAGCCCCGCCGACGUCGAGAAGGGCAAAAACGAACACUUCCGCGUCUUCGGCGUCGAGCAGAGCAAAGCCCGCGCCUCGGCCGGCACGGGCACCUCCGCCGUGACCGUCGCCGAGCUCGCGCGCACUGCCCUGUUCGAGCACAACGAGAUCGACAAGGACGCUUACCAGCGCGUCCUGCGGUUAUCCGCACCCUACGGCGAUAAGCCCCAGCUCGGCGCCGUGGCGACCGGCUUGGCCAAAGAAUCGCAGAUCGCGCUGUUCGAGGUCUCGCCCACGAGCGCCGCUGCGCCCAAGGUCAGGGGUAGGCUGGACAUCACGAAGGAGCCCAUGGACAUCGACGUCAUCCAGACUGGCGAGGACGAGUUCCAGGUCGCCUACUGCGACGACCGCGAGCUCUUCCUCAUCAAGAUCACAAAGACUCAGGUCGACGGCCCCCAUCUUGUCUACACCAUCCAAGAAGACGGCACCGGCGCCUGGCCCACGUUCCGGUCGAUCCGUUUCCUCUCGCCAGACUUCAUCAUGGCGGGCACCAACAUCCCCCAGCGAGCGGGCUCCCUCCUGCUGGGCAUCCGACUACCCACCAAGGCGGGCGAGGUCGGCCGGCUGUCGGCGUCGGCGAAGCUGCCGCGUGCCGUGACCCAGAUCACGACCAUUGCGGCGCGGAACCUGAGCCCGCCCUCUACCCCCGGCGGCAAGAUUGGCAACGCGCAGUUCCUCGUCGCCGCUGUCGGCCAGGACCGGUCGAUAUCGCUCUUCACGCUCGAGCAUAAGGUGUACUCGACCAUCGACCUGCUGGUCGACUUUGACUUCCUCACGACGCUAAAGGAGGUGCACCCGCUGCAGAUCACCAACGUUGCCCUGUCCGUCUUCGUCCCGCCCAAGACCACCGCUCGCCCUCAGUACGUCAAGCUGGCAAGCAUCUCGAUGAAGAACACCGUCGUCGUGCACUCGAUCCUCCUCAAGAAGUUCACCGACAAGGACGCCCCGAUCCGCAAGGGUGGCCCGCCCCGCCCGCAGCGGUACGCCGUCGCCCUGCAGCCGCGCAGGCUCACAAAGUCGCGCCUGACGGUCGUUGCUUUCCUCGUCCUCCUGCUCGCCGUCCUCGUGCAGCUUAGCCUCGAGACCGCGGGUGUGUCGCCCCUGCGCAUUCUGCCCAGCCGCCACGCCGUUGCCAAUGCGCCCAACGAAUUCCUCACGUCGCUCAUCGGCGACGUCCACGCCCUCCAGGGCGACCCCAUCGUCAUCCGUGAGGACGUCGUCAGCCCCACCCAUAUCGAGGAGGACCCCGUGCCGCGGUUCCAGGCCGCCGUCCACGAUGAGGAGGUAUAUGGCCCGGCCGUCAGCUGGGAGGACCUCGCGCCCCAGCAGAAGAAGCUGUGGAAGGAGAAGCUUUCCAAGGCUGGGCACUGGACGCAGAAUAUGGGCGAGAGCGUCUUUAAGGGCAUUCUCUUCGGAGAGAUCGCGGGGGCUGUCGGCCGCGCGGUGGGUGGCUGA